ACCCCUAGAUCCCUUCUUCUUCGAAAACCCCUAAAUCUUCUGGUAAUAACCGGCAACCAUUCCUUCUUCUUCUUCAACCCAUAAAUCCUCUGGAACUACUCUUGAUUCUUUCUUCUCGAAACCCUUGAUUCCAAGUCGGAUCUGUUGGCAGCGGCGUAGGUUAAGGAGAACAAAAACAAAGGCGUGAGGUUUCAAGAGGUCUGGGCCCUCUGAUGUCCACCCAAACCAAGCUUCUUCGAUGUUGACCGUGAGAACCUAGAUCUGGGUUUUUCUCUCAUGUCCAUGUAUUGGGAUCUGGAGUAUUGAAAUGGGAUUCUUGAUUUUGACUUUGUAGGUUGUUCUUAUUGCUUUAGGUGAUGCGAUUUUUGCUUGCUAGAUUUGAUCAAGAAACCCAAAUUCUGAUAUGGCUUUUUCGCCGGAGAAGAUGAAGAUGAAGAUGCAUCUAAUGUGGGAUUCUCGUCGGAGAAAAUGAAAAACCCAAUUAAUGAAUCAAUUAGUUUUAUAUUUUUUAAAGGUUAUAGUAGCUUAAUUAAUUAUGAAUUAAUUGCUCCCUCAUGGAUCUUCUCUUCACUUUUGGAGGACGGCUCCAUUUGCACAAUGAGAGUAGGGAUGGCAAUUCUCCCCAUUUCUUGCUGGGCUCCAUGGGAAUCCCUGCUACGAGGAUGGGAGAGGAAUAUUUUUCCUUGCUGGUCUCAUUCUCAAUCUCUUUGUCUGUGGCUCACCCAUCCCUCACCUCCAUCUCACCUUCAAUUUCCUUUGUUGUUGCUACUGUCGAAUCCAUCUCCUCUGCUGUUGCCGGAUCCAUCUACUCUAUUGCUGCUGCUGCUGUUGAAGACAUCUACUCUACUGCUGUUGCUGCUGAAGCCUGCUGCUGCUAAAGCCAUCUACUCUGCUGUUGUCGAAUCCAUCUGCUCUGCUACUGUGCCAAAGACAUAUACUCUGCUAUUGCUGCUGCUGAAUCCAUCUCCUCUGCUGCUGAUGAAGCCAUCUCUUUUGCUGCUGCUGCUGGAUGUAUCUACUUUACUAUCGUCGGAUCCAUCUACUCUAUUGCUGCUACCACCAUCGGAGCCAUCUGUUGCUGCUGCGCCGAACAACCGAAGCCAUCUGCUCUACUGCUGUUGCCACCAUUCGAGCCAUCUGCUGCUGCUGCUGCUGCCGGAGAUAUUUGAUGUUUAUUGGUGGGGAAUGGGGAUCCCCGCGGGAAAUGGGGAUGGAGGGCAAAAUUUGCCCUCCGUAAAAAAUUCUUGUGGGGAUCCCCAUCUUCGUCAUUCGUGGGGAUGGGGAUGGGGAUGGGGAGGGGUCCCCAGCCCCGCAAGGCACCCCGUUGAGAAAUCUCACCGCCUUAUUUCUACUAUUUAUAGCCUCGAGAAAACCCCAAAUUGGAGAGUAGAGAAGAGGAUUGAGAUCCGAUAGGUUAGGGUUUCUUACGGACGGGCGGACGACUGGUUUCUUCAAUCGAGAAAGGGCGACGAGAUCAAACACAGGGGGGGGGGGGUGUCUUCCUUGAAAUCAAAAGCCAUUAUACGGUAUGCCUAAGUCUUUGGAUUAAUUUUCCAAUUCUGUGUGAUUUUCAAUAUUCAAUAUUCUGCGUAUCCUCCGUUUAGGGUUUUAAAACCUUGAUUUGAUUCUCAAAAUUUCUAUUGGAGUCCGUCUUAAGGUUUGUCGAAUAUUCGAAUCACAACCCUGAUGCAAAUUAACCAAACCUCUGGUAUUGGGUUCGCCUGGGGUUUCUCGAAUCAACAAAACCUUAUUUGAACCCUGAAAUCCUUUUGAUUGAGGCUAAUUUGGGAUAUCAUAUGGCGUGAAACCUAAUGUUUUAUAUUCCAGAUUUGUGUUUCCCGAUUGGGCAUCUUUUGAUGUCUUUUAAGUUAUCUUCUGGUUGUUAACUCAGAUACUAUGAUCCAAUAUAUCUUUCUAUCCUGGAUGUGAAUAGCUUAAUGGUUGGUUGGACUUGGCGCUGCUGAAAAUAUUGGUGGGCAUAUAUGAAGUCAUUCUUCCUUGGAACCGGUAGCUGUUAUGGCAUUAUGUGUAUGGUUUAUACUAGAAAGCAACUUCUUGGUGCUCUGUCAACAACCAAUUAAUGAUACAUGAUAGGGAAUGACUUCUUUACUCUGCAGGUGUUGCUCCUUGUAUUGUAUUUAAAUGCUUUUUGUUCCAUCCAUUAUACGGAUAUGGCUACUGGCUUCUAAGCAAUAGUAGCUCCUAGUAUAAGGCAGCAAUAGAUGAUUGCUAUUGCUUACCCACAAUACAGUCUGAUGGCUACA